UUAUUUUUAUUAAAAAAGGGGCCCCACUUUCAUCACAUGUAACGGUCCAUAGGGGCAUUCUCGGCCCUUCAGAUGUAAAAAAUUUGAAAGAGCGAAACGACGAGAGCCAGUUUCUUUUGUGUAUUUUUUCCUGCAUUCGUUCUUUACGACUGCAGAUCUCACACCACAGCGAGCGCCGACGAACCCUAACAAGAAGAACAAGGAAGAAGGGCGGGCGAUCGCGAUGCAAGACAUCUUCGGAUCCGUCCGCAGGUCUCUGGUCUUCCGACCAAACCCAAAUGGCGAUGAGGCCUCCGAUGGUGGUGGUGGAUUCGGGGGCAUCGCGGAAAAGAUCGGUUCGUGCCUCAGAAAAUCGAGGCUUGGUUUAGGUUUAGGGCUAGGGUUCCUCCCCAAGGCCCCAUCCCAACCUCCGGGGUCUCCGAUCGUCGCCGAGGACAGCGCCCCUCCCAUCCAGUGGAGGAAGGGCGAACUCAUUGGCUGCGGUGCCUUUGGCCAGGUGUACAUGGGUAUGAACCUCGAUUCUGGGGAGCUACUCGCCGUGAAACAGGUUUUGAUCGCAAAGAACAAUGCUUCCAAGGAGAAAGCUCAAGCUCAUAUAAGAGAGCUCGAGGAAGAAGUUAAGCUUUUAAAGAAGCUUUCUCACCCCAAUAUUGUUAGAUACUUGGGAACUGUUAGGGAGGAGGAGACCUUAAAUAUUCUCUUAGAAUUUGUCCCAGGUGGAUCAAUUUCAUCACUGCUUGUGAAAUUCGGGUCCUUUCCAGAGGCUGUUAUUAGAAUGUAUACAAAGCAGCUGUUGCAGGGCCUUGAGUAUCUUCAUCAUAAUGGAAUCAUACAUAGGGACAUAAAGGGUGCAAACAUACUUGUGGAUAACAAAGGUUGCAUUAAGCUCGCUGAUUUUGGGGCAUCUAAGCAAGUUGCUAAGCUGGCAACUAUGACAGCUGCCAAGUCAAUGAAAGGUACUCCAUACUGGAUGGCACCAGAAGUAAUUGUUCAAAGUGGGCAUAGCUUCUCUGCUGACAUUUGGAGUGUUGGUUGUACUGUUAUUGAGAUGGCCACUGGCAAGCCUCCUUGGAGCCAGCAAUACCAAGAGGUUGCUGCUUUAUUUCAUGUUGGCACAACAAAGUCACACCCACCAAUUCCAGAGCAUCUUUCUUUAGAGGCUAAGGAUUUUCUUCUAAAAUGCCUACAAGAGGAACCAAACUUGAGGCCAAGUGCUUCUGACUUGCUUCUGCAUCCCUUCGUUACAGGGGAAUUUCAGGAUCCACAUCCAUUCAAUUUUUCUUCAGCUAAUGAACCCUGCAAAACUGUGGUUACAUCAUCGAAAGUGCAGAUGAAUAACUUGGGCUUGAACUAUGUGAAUUGUGUAUGUGGCAGUGACUCCACCAUGAACCCCAAGAAGGCCUCAACAGUAAGAUCUAUCUGGGAUGCAAGUACUGAAGAUGACAAGUGUCGGCCUAAUGGCACAGAUGAUUUUCCAGUGGUUGGAUCAAGCUUCAAUCCAAUAUCUGAGCCCUUUGAUGACUGGCCAUGCAAGUUUGAUAUUAGUCCAGGACAAGUAAUCAUGAACUCAGAGGACAUGGGUGAAUCACCUAAUGGAGCUUCAGGUGAUGGUCAGGAAGGGGAAAAUGACUUCACAUUCCCUUGUGGGCCAAUAUGUGAGGAUGAUGAAGUCACAGAGAUAAAAAUUAAAGCCUUCCUGGAUGAGAAGGCCCUUGAUCUGAAGAAGCUGCAGACCCCUUUAUACGAAUUCUACAGCACCUUGAAUGCUAAAAGUUCGGAAGGAGUUGGUAGUAUGUGUAUGGAGAACAUCACAAACAAUUCGAAAUUUCCCUCCAAAAGCAAGCCCUCAACCAACAAAGUGAUAAGUGGAUCAUCUUCCCCAUGUGUUGAUACCAUGAAGAACGUAAGCCCUGGGAAUUGCAGUAGGCAAGUCUCAAGCAGUGGUGUGGAGAAUAAUCAAAUUCUGAGAGAACUACCUUCUUCUCGGCUUAAUGAGUUGGGAGAUCUUCUUCAAGAUGCUCAACAAGAACCAACAAGCCUAAGUGCAAGCUUUUCCGAGAUACGGAGGAAGUGGAAGGAAGAGCUGGAUCAGGAGCUUGAGAGGGAAAGAGAGAUGAUGCGCCAGACAGGUCUUGUAGGGAAAAUUUCUCCAAGGGGCACAGGCCUACAUCAAAAGAGAGACCGCUUGCCACUUGCAUCUCCAGCCAAAUAACUAUACAUAUUUACCCAGCCUUUUUUUGUUUUCUUACUGCAUGCUCCCUCUGGUCAUCGAUCAACAUAAACGUAUAGCAGCAAGUGCAGAAGGUUUCAAUCUUUUGGUUGAAUUAAUAUGAUUUCUCAUCCUGCAGUCAUUGAUCUCUUUCAAGUGAGUAGAGGAAAGCAAGAUAGGCAGGCUGCCAGCAUCUUUUGCCAUUUUGAGUACAAGAAGUCCAUCACGUUUGUCUGUCAAUCCACAAAUUUGAGGUGCAGUAAAGAGGCAUCUCUUGGUAAAAGCUGGUGUGAUGCGAGUAAGGAUGCUGAUGCUGUGCUCGUUUUGCAGAGAAAUGUUUGAUGCUAUGCCAGUGGCACGUGAAGCAGUAUCAUGUUUGGCUGUACUAGUGCAUUUUAGAAGCUCGACUGGUUUCUUUUUUGUAGAAAAUGUAGAGCAUUCUAUAAAAUAAAUAUAUCAGAAAUCCAUUACAAAAGAAUACAGAAGCUUCAAAGCAUUCGACAAUUUCUAAUAAUAGAGCCCAAUAAAGCAC